AAUUAUAUUUAUCUCCAGUACAGAGAUUUUCAAAUUUUGGAGAAUUUGCAGGAUAUGUUUGUACCCAAUGCAAUUUUACUUAAAUUUUACUAACAUGGCGGUCUCAUCUCUUUAAAUGUGUCAUGCCCCUGGUUUUAUUAUAUUCACUGACCAACAAAACCCCUGUCCUGAGCGUAUUAACUGCUGUCUCUUCCUCUCAGUCUUCCUCUUUCUUAGUUUUCCAGAUCUACAGGCUACAGCUUUCAUAAGUACAUACAUACGUGAGCGCAUUUCAUAUCUUAAUCUUCAGACAAGAAAAUUCAGAUUACUUCUUGAUUCUUAAAUCUUCACAGGGUAGUGAGGAAUCAUGCUGCUGAAGAAUCUGAUGGAGGAGAAGCAGCUGAAUUACGACCAGCCACUUCUAUCGGUGAGAAGAUCAGAGAAGGAUAAUGAAAUGAAAACAGACAAAUCCCUCCCUGUUGUGCCUCGUCUUCCUCAUUAUAAAACAGAAUUGAAAUCUGGUCCCGUAACAAAUCCAGGAACCGUGCCUUUUUACUGGGAACAGCGCCCUGGACGACCGAAGGAAGAGAUCAAACAACACGAUGAAAACUCUGAUAGAUCUCUAAUUACCCCGAAACUUCCUCCUGGGAAAUCUUCAACUGUCAACCAGCAAGAUUGCGAUAAAGUUUAUAAGAACUCAAAUGUCGAUAAGAGCCAAGCACGAAAUGCUCAUUGUGAUGUGCAGAGCGUUCAAUCUCAGGAUGAAGAUGUGAACAAUUUUGAGAGAUGUAACAAGACAGUAGAGAAAGAGAGUUCUCAUUCUGAGGAAAGUGAUGAAGCAUAUGUAGAUGCACUCGAUACAUUCUCGAGCAGUGAAUCAAUUUUCUUGAAUUUUAGCACGAGUGGCUUAAGUUCAUUUGAUGAACUAGAUGGGAAACCAUCUGGAAGCUUUUCAACAGAUCCAUUGACUAGAGACGAUCGGUUAGUCCCUCCCGCAAAGGAUAUGGCUUUAGACAAACCUCAAUUUGUCAGCAAAAAGCAACCCAUAGUGCAAGAAAAACAGCCUUCAAUGCAGCAUGGACCUAUUCUUGUAAAGCACUUUUUACAAUUCCAGGACGAUGAAGAAGAAGAAAGUGAUGACGAUAAUGAUCAACGUGGAAAUUUGCCAGCAGUUUGUGGGUUACUACCACGAUUUUGCUUAAAGCGCCCCCCUCUCUUUGUACCUUUUUGGCUGCAGUCUAGGUCUGAUCUUUCGGAUCGAAAUUCAGUCAGCGAUCGAAUUAGUUUGAGAAGUGACUUCAAUUUAAAUAGCCGUCAGAGACAGAAUCCUGAGGGAUCAAUGCUACCCAGAAAAUUACGAAAACACAGUACAUCAAUGUCUUUCGAUGAAUUGCCUAAUAAAGAAAAAGGAGUCAUCAACUAUUCUAAAGAAACAAAGAAUCAGGGAAUUAAUGGCUCUGAAUCACAUAAAAAGGGCUAUAAAACCUUUGGGGACUUCUUGUCUGAGAAGGAGAGUACUGAGGAUUCAUCGCAUUCAGGAAUUCCCGUGGUUGUACAGAAGGGAGAAUCUCCGAGCAGGGAACCUAUUUCUUCCAAUAUGCAAGGCUUGAAGGAAGAGCCUGGUUCAACAGAGAGAGAGUACGAAGUUGUUACUAAGAUGACGGAUCAAUUCCCUUUAGUAGAUUGUUCUCUUAAAGAUAUCAAUAAAUUGGAAGCUGUAGAUGGAGAAAAAUUACUGCCUGAUUCUCAGAAAUUUAAUGACAUCAACGUAGAAUCUUCUAUCAGCAAUUCCAUUCAAAAAGGCAGCAUGGAGGCAUCGAAGGUUUUUGAACCUGACCAAGAAAUUAAGAAGGAUUCAACUACUGCAGCAAACGUAGCAGUGACUGAUAAGGGAGCUACUGAAAGUUCACAGAAGCAACAGGCAAAAACAGAAAAUCGAGAAAACUUUCACCAAAGUCGUUUUCAGUUCCCCCUCCCUCCACCAUCGCCAAUAGCUCCAUCCGAGUCUUGGCUUCAACGAACUUUGCCUUCUAUGGCCACAAAGAAUACACAUAUACGCUCACAUCUUCGUGCAGCAGCAAAUCCUCAAAAACAAGUUUCCAAGGCGCAACCAGGUGAUCUCAAAUGGGAAACACUAGUUAAAACUACAAAGGUGCAGCAGCAUUAAAUUAAUGUUAUU